UGGAGGCCGGAAGUGCAUGCAUCCUCCGGAAGUGCUCCGACUCUGAGCGUCCGCCCGGCCAGGACCCUCAGCUCCACCUCCGAGGGGUUUGCACUCUGAGCCUCUCGUGGUCCUGAUGAACCAUUUCGCGUUCCUCAAGUGUAUGACCCUCAGAACUUCAGCGGCGGGCGGCUUCGGCACUUUGGGACCGGCCAGCAGUGUGCAGAGUUCGAAGUCCUGAGAGGCAAGAGAUCGAAAUGGCUUCCAGAGGAAAGACAGAGACAAGCAAAUUAAAGCAGAAUCUAGAAGAACAGUUGGAUAGACUGAUGCAGCAGUUGCAAGAUCUGGAGGAGUGCAGAGAGGAGCUCGAUACAGACGAAUAUGAAGAAACCAAAAAGGAAACUCUGGAGCAGCUAAGUGAAUUUAAUGAUUCCCUGAAGAAAAUCAUGUCUGGAAAUAUGACUCUGGUCGAUGAGCUAAGUGGAAUGCAGCUGGCUAUCCAGGCAGCUAUCAGCCAGGCCUUUAAAACCCCAGAGGUCAUCAGGUUAUUUGCAAAGAAACAACCAGGUCAGCUUCGGACAAGGUUAGCAGAGAUGGACAGAGAUCUCAUGGUAGGGAAGCUGGACCGAGGCCUGUACACGCAACAGAAAGUGGAGAUACUAACAGCUCUCAGGAAACUUGGCGAGAAGCUGACUGCAGAUGAUGAGGCCUUCCUGUCAGCAAAUGCAGGUGCUAUACUCAGCCAGUUUGAGAAAGUCUCCACAGACCUUGGCUCCGGAGACAAAGUUCUUGCAUUGGCAAGUUUCGAAGGAAAAAACAAAGAAAUGACAUGGUGUGGAGGCUUGGGACAUUGAUCACAUUCUUGCUGUAAAUGGCAGUUGUCUUCUAGGGGUUUUGAAUCAUUGCAAAGAAAUCAAGAGAUUCUUGAAAUGCACUGAUAACCUAAGAAAAGGUGACAGGAAAACAUACUUGUGGCUUCUGGUUAUACCCUUCAUCAUUGUGCUUUGUGUAGGGCCACCUGCCUCAGUCAUCCCAGACUUGUUGGGAUGAGGGACCCGUUGGACCUUAUUCAUUAUGUCUUAUGUGUUUUUUUAGAGAGAACAGAAAACAGUUUCUCUGCCUGUUUUUAUUAAGUUUCCUUGUUUUUAAGUGCUGACAGUAAAUGAAAAGAUGUGAA